AUGGCAAGCCAACAGAAAGUCUUCAAUCCUACGCUGGCGGACGAGUUGAUCGUCAUCAACUCUGUGCAUGGUAAUAUCGCAAUUCCGACAUAUUCGGACGAUGAUCACACAACUGUUGAAGUGCGCCUCCCGCAAGACGACCAUACUUAUCACGUCCGCUUCGCAUCCGCGUACCCGUCAGAAUGCCCCAUCAUCACUGGAGUCGACCCUUUGCAUCUCAGUACCAGAGACGAUGUCGCCAGCGAGCUCUGCUAUUUCCGUGCUUGCCUGAUCGUACACCAUUCUCCAGACGAAGGCAACUUCUACGAAACGAUUGCAGCAUUCGACUCGAUUCGACAGCUCUACCGGCAGUUGAGCGGCGACCAAGCUAGCACAUUGUGCCAAAGAGAAGAUCCUCUGGUCCAGUCACUGCAAGAGCAGCUCUCUGCACUAGCGGAUGCCGUUCAGACCGCGAUGCCCGAGAACAAGAACACACUCAUCGGGCAGACCCUACAGAUCAGCGAGUGCUCUGUCUGCCUCGAGCCUCUCUUCACACGCUUCGCAGCGGUUCUACCACACUGCUCGCACGCUUUCUGCUCGGCGUGCCUGCAGACCGGGAUCAAAACAAUGCUAGAAACACGAUCGAUGUACAACUGUUGCGGCAAGGUCGUUCCCGCAAAGAUCGUUGAACGGUUUGGAAACCUCGACCCUCCUCUGAUGACAUACUACAUCGAUCUGAUAAACGAAAAGUCCGGCAAGAACCCCGUUUUCUGUCAUGACCGAUACUGCUCCACCUACAUACCCAGCACAUGCAUCACCGACAAGGGAGCAUUGUGCCCAACAUGUGGCCUCCUCACCUGCCCUUCAUGCAGAAAGACGAUGCAUGAGGGAGUAUGUGUUCAAGAUAUGAAGAGAUUGUUGAACAUGGCGAAGCGUCAAGGGUGGAAGGCCUGCCCUGGCUGCAAGCAAUGGGUGGAACGAUCGGCCGGUUGCAAGAGCAUGACUUGUGCUUGCGGUCAGGUCUUCUGCUACAAUUGCGGUAAGGCUGCGCCCAAAGGAACUCGCCACGUAGCGGGAGACUGCUGCUUGAAUGGAGAGCUCUUCGACACCAUGAGACCACAACCGCGAUAA